UGUUUCACAUCUAUCAUUUUCCGGUCGCUGCUUGCGCCUUGUCGUCACGAUUGAUAUUUUCAAACUAAAUAGCGAGUAACCGCUCAUUAAGACACAUCAACAAAAACUUCAUUUUGUUAACUUCGUUCCUCUAUCUAAACGAGUGCUCUGACACAUACAAGGGUUAGCAGAAAGUCGUUUGCCCACGGGAACUACAGUUCCCACAAUUCACCUAAAGCAGCAUACGCACUUUCUAGAACCUUGACGUAUCUUCAGGAGCGACUCACUUUUUCAGAAUAGCCAGAUAACGUCAGCUUAAACCCAGCUUGUCUUUCAAGCCAUUCACACAACCGGGACUGUCAGUUUUGGGGAUAUAUGUGUUUGCAGAUAGUAUCUAUAUAGUAGGGUCGGUGACACUUUAGCAUGCAGAGCCCGCUGCUGUGUGCAAAUGGCAGUAUCCCAAAGGAAAACACUGAGAGCUGAACGGAGGCAAACUAGCAAAACAUCAACAAAAACAUCGAGGGGCAGGGCAGCUGCUCAGGUCGGUCUGCAACGUUAACUUUGUGUGUUUCUCAUUAACUUAUUCAGAGUUGUUAUUCAGCACAGAAAUGGAGCUGACAUUGUGAGAGUGAUAUGUCAGGUUAUAGAAAUAGUCUGUUUUAUCCGUAACGUUUUAUUAACGGUAACACGCAACAAUGGCGUUGUAGCUAGCUAAAUAAGCAGCCAGCUGGCCCCGUGUAAACAGAUUUAUAACUUGUGCGUCAUGUAGGUUACAGAAAAUACCUUUCAGUUUAUCUGAUAGGUAUCUGUAUUGAUCUUCCAGAUCAGAUCUGUUUGUAGUUAUCUACCCGUGUGUCUGUUCAAAUCAUCAUACCACCAUGCAUCACUCUGCUUCCACAAGCAGUGAACUGGGGUUCCUGCCAGCCAUGUAUUCAUUUUCAGGCCCCACUAGCCUUCCUGAAUUUGACCUCGGACCUCCAAGUACGUCUGGCCACCUACAGAGAGCAACUGUCUCUAACAACUGGGAGACAAGAUGCCUCAGGAAGCACAGAAGGAGAGUUGAUGACGAGGGAUGCAGUGCCAAGAGGAGGAGGUUAAUGGUGGAGGCAGAAGUAGAUAUUUCAGAGAACUCAAACACAAGCAUUCGUCAUGACUGGCCUACAGCAAACAGCUGCCCUCCCCUGUCUGCACAGCAAGCCAGCCCUGCACUUCCACAGCCCUGCCCAGAGCCUCAGCCCUUGACUUUGUCACACCCCUCACCUGCCCUGUCCCGACCUGAGACAGAGAGCUCUUGCAUGGAAAUAGAGGCAGCUCAGAGGAAACUUCAGGAGAUUGAAGACAGAAUAACGCUGGAAGAUGACGAUGAGGAUGAGGAUCUGGAUGUAGAGCCAGCCCCGAGACGGCCGGUGCUGGUGAUUUCAGACAGUCUGAAGAAGGGUCUACAGCGUGGCAUCAGCGACAUCCUCCCCCACAAAGUAGCUCAAUCUGUGAGCCAUUCCUGCAUGGAGCUGGUGUUGUGGCGGCCACCUGACGACCCCUUCUGUCGGAGGCUAAAGGGCUCAUUACAAAAGCAGCGUAAACAGCAGAUAGUAUCUCGGCAACCCCCAACUCCAUGUCCAUCUCCUACCCCUCACAGUUCCCUGACCCCUUCCAGUCCACCUGCAGAGACGCAGUCUCCUCUGUACAGCUUCCCUGUGGUUCACAGCUCCGGGGAGGAGGACAUGGAAAUGUAAUAGUGCUCAAUUAGUUUGAAAGCCAUGCCAAAGUAAAGGACUGUACAUGUAGUCACACAGAAGACUAUAAUGGACCCAGAACCACUUUAAGUCGGUCAGUUUGGCAAGGCACGUUGGCUUUAAAUGAACAUUCUGCUGUUUCGGACGGUUUGUGCAACACAUCCUUUGCUUUACAGUCAUGCAUUUAUGUUUUAUGACCAUAAUCCCAGUCAACUCUAUCUAAGAUGUAACAACAGUGCUGACCUAAUCAAUCCGGUUUAUUCAUUUAAACCUCCAAGGAAACUGUCAUGAUCUCAAGACUUUUACAGACAGCCUUAUAUAAAACCAGUUUUAUACAGUAUAACUUGCAGAAUUGGCCUUUGCCCUUAGAAAUGUGAUAAUUUAUAAAUAAUUUUGCCAAAGUCUGGCCAACAACAAUCUUAUAUAUUGUAAAUAUGUCUUUGUUCUUUGAGAAACAGCAGCGUGCAGCACCUGAAUUUUGUACAGUUUCAGCUUCUGUGCAUCAUUAGUAGGAUAUUAAAAUUAACCUGUGUGCUCACAUUUGCUCACAGCAUGGCUUGCAGUUGUACUUGUUGUGGUAGAAAGAUGAUCUUCCUAUAGUGUUUAGCAAGUACGCCAUCUGUGAGCUUUGAGAAUUUGUAACAAAGUCAUGGAAAUGCACCUUUUUAUGAUUUAAUUGUAUUUUCAUACAUGUUACCAGAAAUGCAACCAGCCAUUAAUUGUUAUUACUUUAUAUUUGUUUUUAAAUAAACUCAAAUGAUCAAUGUAGA